GACACUCAUCUCCUCAUUCAUAGGACGCGGCAUUUUUGUGUGAAUGUGUAUCAUCGCACCCAAAAUUUGGGGGCACGGGCGGCCCAGGGGAACGACUAAAUCAUCCAAUGUUAGUUCAGAGAAGAAAGUGAUAUCCGAAACUCCAAUCGGAAGUCGUAGAUCUUUAAGAACCCAAGGAAUAGCACCUGAUGAUGUUACUGAUCCACCGAAGAAGUUACAAAACCUAAAAUCACAUGUUAUUCCUAAGGAAUCUCCACAAGAUUUGAUUGCGUUUAGUAUGAGAGAUGCAAGUUGUAGUUCUAAAUCGGAUGAGGCACUUGUCAGUAAGAUUUUGAGUGUUCGUAAGGAGUUUGGAUUAAAAUAUGGUGAUUGUGGGAAGAAGUUUCGGGUUAUGGCUUCAAUUGAUUUCAAUACGAUGGUGUUGGUACCGGAGAAUGUUGCUCGUGUUGUGCCAAAUAGCAUAUUGAGUGUUAAGUUCUUUCCUUCAGCUGAUAUGAGUAUUGUUGCUGUGGGGAAUAAACUUGGAGAUGUAGGGUUUUGGAAUGUGGAUUCAGAAGAUAAGGAUGGUGAUGGGAUUUACACGUAUCAUCUUCAUCGGGCGCCUGUUUCAGCAAUCAUUAUUCAACCAUUUUCAUUGAACAAGAUAAUUACAAGCUGUUACAAUGGCCAAGUACGCUCAUUAGAUAUAGAAAAAGAGAUGUUUGAUCUGGUAUACUCCAGUGAUGGUCAUGAAAUAGUUUCUAUGUCUCAACGACUUGACUAUGUUAACUCCUUGUAUAUUGGGGAGGGUCCUGGAGUAGUUCGUAGUUGGGAUGAGAGGUCCGGGAAGACAUCAUUUUCUUGGGAGCUGCAUGAGGCUAGAAUUAAUACGAUCGAUUUUAAUUCAGAAAAUGUUAAUAUGAUGGUUACCAGUUCAACAGAUAGAACUGUUUGCAUUUGGGAUUUGAGAAAACUUGGUAAGAGCAAGCCUAACUCUCUUAAGAUGAUUACUUGUGAGAGGGCGGUACCAUAGUCACAGGAAAUGGGAACGUAGCUGAGUUUUUCGUACGGUACACUCCGUACCGAAACGCGGUACGAAAUAGUCCCGGACGAAGGCGAAACGCGAUCCAGAACGUUCAUGUAAGCGUACCCGGUCAACGCC